CUCUUCUUUCGUCCACUUCAGCUAAAUUUCACGACAUCCUCAUCUCAACAGCCCGCCAGCAUCCAAAGAAAUACCGUCUCUUCGAUUUUGGGAAACCCCGUUCCACAUCUAACCUUUUUUCGGUACGCUAGUUCAUUCCUUCCGGUUGAUGGUGUUUAUCAACAGCGAAAAAUCGGUUCCAGGCACCUCCAUGACUGAAACAUCGGGCAAUGCUUUUCGGGGGACACUUUCCAGAAUGAGGCACUCCCUCCGUUACCGCCACAGUCAACCAAGUUCCGUCGCUUCAGCGGAGGUCGGUACAAGUGCGGGUGGGGGAACACAGGAACAGCAGGGGCAACCCCUGGUAGUUCCAUCUGAGGACAAUAAAGUAGUAACUGACAGUGCAGAACUAGAACACGUCUCAGCUGUGGUAGGAAAGGACGUCGAUGAUGCAGCACAAGCAUUCGACAGUAUGGUUCCCAUGCCACGUCUUGGCGAACGCAAUGUCAAUUUCGUCAUCAACGAUGCCAACACGGCAUUAACCGAUAUCCCAAACUCGUCCGAUCCAUAUUUCCAACCUUUCCAAGAUUUCAAUCAGGUUGUCACGACUCUUUCCAAGGACCACCCCUCUGCUCAGAAAAUCUAAAGCCAGGCGAGCCAAGCGACCCAGUGUCUGAUCUCUUGGGAACGAUCAGGAGUGUCUACAAAUUCCUUGCGGGGGAAGAUAACAUCAACAAAAUCGAUGUGAUUGUUACCCUUGCGAAGAUUG